AUGCCUGAAAAUCAAGCGUCUGCCGUGCCGCAGGGAGAUCGUCAGAGGAGAGCGAGGCCGGAGUCUGAGGAUGUCACGGAUCAACCCGCUGCGACACAAAUAAGAGUGGAGGAGGCGCGGCGACCACAGUGGACCAUUAGCAGCACCGUAGAGGAAAUCCUGCUGGAGGGAAGCACUAACAGGACCGACAUGAAGCUCAAUGAUUUCCUUCGGAGCAACUUGGGCGAGGAGUGGGUUGUGAAAAGAAAUGGGAACGUCAAGAUGGGGAUUUUUGUUCAGAAUCCCGAGACGUUUAUCAAAAAGAAAGGGUUAUUACACACAAUAACGACAUCGCCGUCAUACAAAGAGCUGGAGGCUAUUAAUAAGCUUCAUUGCGAGGGUGUGUAUUUUCUCAGGCAAUGGAAGGACCAUGAAGGAAAGGAUACGCUCACUCCACUUGUAUGUGGAAAGCUAGACGGAGUUCUCACUCAGGUACUGACAAAAGAACAGCUUGAGGCAGAAGAAAGAGCGAAGCGGGAGGAAGAAAGGGCAAGGCGUGAGGAAGAAGAAAGGCACAGACGAGCGCGAGAAAUGAAAUUUACCAUUUCCACUAAUAUCGAAGACGUACUAUUUAAAGGAAGAGUUCGCGUCAAGGACGUAAAGCUGAAUGAUUUUCUUCUGCUAAGAUUUGGCGGAAAGGGCAUUCUGGUCACCAAUCGGAGUGUCUCGCUGGAGGAGUUUUUUAAGGAACCGGCGAGGUAUAUCCCUGAUGCGGAAGUAUUGAAAGGAAUGAAGACAGCAGUUUGUUAUUUGAAGAUGGGGAGGGCUGUAAUGAAGGAAUUGGAUAUGGAGGAAGUUUUACGCAUGCUUCACGAGAAAGGUGUUGUCUCUCUCGAGCAAUGGAGGGACUAUGGAGGAAAGGAUACGGUCACUCCUCUUGCAAAGGGAACACUAGACGCUGCCCUUUCUGAGGCGCAGAUAUCAACGUCCGUGGUUAAAUCAACGGUGCUGAAGGGAUAUUACGAGUCUGUGUACAAUGCGAGUUGGAGCCAUGUCGUGGAAGUUCCUGGCGGCGAGGGGACGGGAAUGGAGGUGAGGGAGGGGGAACCACCGCAGUCAUGGAAUUACAAGAAAGUUGGCGACACCCUCGAAAAGGAUGACAGCGUGGAGCAAUCCAGUGCAGCACUUUUUAGGCAGAUGGUGCUCACCUCGGAAAAGGGAUGGCCAUACACUUGGAAUCUGAAGGGGGCGGAAUCCGCUUGUGUCUGUUAUGUGAACUGUGAGGUGGAGCGAGUGUGGCAGAUUGUCAAGGGCGAUCUAACCGAGUGGUUCAGCAGUCAACGUGGGACCGACUUUACGCCCAAGAAGCGUGUGUUGAUUGGGACGGCCGGGAUCGGGAAGUCGAUGAAUGCCGGCUCGUACCUCCUCUAUCAGCUGCUGCACUACGAUGCGGAGCGGCUCCCAAUGGUUGCGUACUUUAUUGGGAGUCAAUCAUUCCUGUUUGACAAGAUCACAAAAACGGUGUCAGUGUACAGGGGUGACCCCAGGAUUGAUGAUGUUGUAAACAUUUCUUCUUUGCGUGGGUUUAAGGGGUAUAUUAUCUACGAUGCGACAUUGGCAUCUCGUCAACCGCCUGCCGGUUUGCCUUGCAAUGGAUGGGGCAUGAUUGUGGUGACACCACCAAACAAAAACGAAUAUGAACGGUGGACAAAAAAAAUGGACGCUACUGCAAUCGUAACGAAUUGUCCCGAAGAAAGCGAUGUGAGGGCAAUGUGCAUUUGGAUGAAGCGCAAUUGGCCCCUACAGGAGCAAGCGGAAUACUGGAGGGAGGUGAGGGGUCGCAUGAAUAAAGUGGGACCAAUUCUCCGCUCCAUCUUUGGUAAACAGGCAUGUUAUGACCGCAUUAAAGCGUGUCAGCAGGCCGUGUAUGGGUCGACCGCCUCUGAAUUAGAGCAUAAUUUGGGUAUUGGCUGCUGUUACUCGCCUAUUGACAGUGAAUUGUCUCGAAAGCUUGUGAGGGUUGUCCGAGUACGACGAGGAAACAGCAUUGAGUCGCCUCUGAAUUUGCUGGUAUCUCCCCAUCUCGAACGUGAAACUUUGUCCAGGUUGGAGAAUGAAAUGAAGCAGUCCGAUUUUAUUUUUUUUGUUUUGAGGUUCUGGGAUUAUGUCCCACCAUACAUUAUUGAAAAGUAUGCCGUAUCCGCAUUUUUGAAUGAGGAUUUCCUGCGUGCGAUAAGACUCAAAAUCAAGGAACUGAGGCCACCAGGACGGCGUGAGCCACACAGCUGUGCGCUGAAAGAGCACUCAGACACGAGCUUCACCAGAAAAGAGGUUCUACCGCCACCGGAACGUCUUUCCAAUCCGGUUGCUAUGGACCACUGGGUGCUGUAUGAGCCGAAAGUCCAAAACUUUCCGUUGGUGGACGGCUUUUUCUUUGUGGACUCAAAUCCGAAGACGCUGGUUGGGCUGCGGAUGGCUACGGCGGGUGCGCACCACACGAAUACCAGCACUGUGAGGCACUUCACUGAGUGCCUGGCGGCAUAUUUUGAUGGUUGGGAGGAGUUAUCCCGAGACCUGUCGUGGGAGAUUAUUUAUGUGCAGCACGCAGACAGCACGCCGAUGAAAAAAUGGCAGAGAUGUGAUUACGUCAAUCCCAACAAUGUGAGCCGCGCUGGAAACCGAGAGAUUGCGGUGUUCUGGGAGGAAGAGGUGCACCAGUACCAAGUGUCAAUAUCGUCGGACGAUGCCAGAAGGGACGAAGCUCUCUGA